AUGAAUCACUACAAAUGUAAUAACUGCCGGGUUACUGAGGCCCUCACUAACUCACUCAUUAAUUCAAGCACAAAACAUUUAAUUGAUAAUCAGAGUAACAAAGCCAAUGCAAGAAAGCUUGUUGGAAUAGAGGGUUCUUUCAACGAUGAGAGAAAAUUCUUCUUUGAUCAUUGGGAUUUAGGAGGUGGAGGGCUUGGUAGAGGUAGUGGUGGAGGUUUCGGUGGAGGUGGAGGAACGGAAGGAGGUUCUGGUUCUGGAGGAGGAUUAGGUGGUGGGUUUGGAAAUGGUGCUCAAGGGAGAGGUGGAGGGUUUGGUGGAGGUGGAGGUGAAGGAUCUGAGGGUGGUUCUAGUUUUGGAGGAGGAUUGGGUGGUGGGUUUGGAAGUGGUUCUGAAGGAGGAGGUGGAGGAUUUGGUGGAGGUGGAGGAACAGGGGAUGGUUGUGGUUUUGGAGGAGGAUUUGGUGGUGGGAUAAAAAAUGGCGCUCAAGGAGAAGGAGGGGGUUUUGGUGGCGGAGGCAGUGGUGGAGGCGGAUUGGGUGGAGGAUCUGGUAGUGGAUUUGGUGGAGGAGCUAGUGGUGGAACAGGAGGUGAUGGAAUCCCUUGA